UUACUGCCCUGCCGCCGACUAAGUUGCAUUCCUUGAAUCUUCGCCGGAAAGACCAUUCUUCAAUCAGAGUUAGUAAUGUGGAGAGUACAAAAUCGAGAGAGUUUGGGGCUUCUCUCUUUCCCUGUGAUGAUCGCCAUGGUCUGUUGUGCACACAGCGCCAAUGAGCCCAGCAACAUGUCAUACGUGAAAGAGACAGUGGACAGAUUGCUCAAAGGAUAUGACAUUCGCUUGCGGCCGGACUUUGGAGGGCCCCCCGUGGACGUCGGGAUGAGGAUCGAUGUCGCCAGCAUAGACAUGGUCUCCGAAGUGAACAUGGAUUAUACACUCACCAUGUAUUUCCAGCAGUCUUGGAAAGACAAAAGGCUUUCUUAUUCUGGAAUCCCACUGAACCUCACAUUAGACAACAGGGUAGCUGACCAGCUCUGGGUGCCCGAUACCUACUUUCUGAAUGACAAGAAAUCCUUCGUGCAUGGGGUGACGGUGAAAAACCGAAUGAUCCGGCUGCAUCCUGAUGGGACAGUUCUCUAUGGGCUCCGCAUCACAACCACAGCUGCGUGUAUGAUGGACCUGCGAAGAUACCCUCUGGAUGAACAAAACUGCACCCUGGAGAUUGAAAGCUAUGGUUAUACCACCGAUGACAUUGAGUUUUACUGGAAUGGCGGAGAGGGAGCAGUAACGGGAGUCAAUAAAAUUGAGCUUCCUCAGUUUUCAAUUGUCGACUACAAGAUGGUAUCCAAGAAGGUGGAGUUCACGACUGGGUCAUAUCCACGACUGUCACUGAGUUUCCGUCUAAAGAGAAACAUCGGGUACUUCAUUUUGCAAACCUACAUGCCUUCCACACUGAUUACAAUUCUGUCCUGGGUGUCUUUUUGGAUCAACUAUGAUGCUUCUGCAGCCAGAGUCGCACUAGGAAUCACCACAGUGCUGACAAUGACAACCAUCAGCACACACCUCAGGGAGACCCUGCCAAAGAUCCCAUAUGUCAAAGCAAUUGAUAUUUACCUGAUGGGUUGCUUUGUGUUUGUGUUCCUGGCUCUGCUGGAAUAUGCCUUUGUGAAUUACAUCUUCUUUGGAAAGGGCCCCCAGAAAAAGGGAGCCGGCAAACAAAGCCAGAGUGCCAAUGAGAAGAACAAACUGGAGAUGAAUAAAGUCCAGGUCGACGCCCACGGCAACAUUCUCCUCAGCACCCUGGAAAUCAGGAACGAGACGAGCGGCUCGGAAGUGCUCACAGGAGUGAGCGACCCCAAGACCACCAUGUACUCGUACGACAGCGCCAGCAUCCAGUACCGCAAGCCCUUGAGCAGCCGCGAGGCCUACGGGCGCGCGCUGGAGCGGCACGGCGCGCACAACAAGGGGCGCAUCCGCCGGCGCGCCUCGCAGCUCAAGGUCAAGAUCCCCGACUUGACUGAUGUGAAUUCCAUAGACAAGUGGUCCCGAAUGUUUUUCCCCAUCACUUUUUCUCUUUUCAACGUCGUUUAUUGGCUUUACUAUGUACAUUAAGGUCUGGUCUGUCCGAAUGGUUCAGAAACGACUACUUUCCUGUUCUUCUCUUGAUUUUUAACCCCACAGGUCCCCAGCUUUUGAGGUAAGAGAUUCAGCCAUCUAAUCUGUUUUAGGUCUUGCAUAUCAAUUUUAGUACUGCACCAUGUUUACUUUAAAAAAAAAAACUAUUUUUUUCCCAGUCUACAGUGGUCCAGGUUAUCAGCUCUUUCAGAGCUCUGUUAAUUGCCAUGUUUACAAACACACACACACACACACACACAUUCACAGAAGUUAGAUAGGUAGCUCUUGAGCAGUCUUUCCUAGUUGCCCCGGAUUGUAUUCAUUUCGUUGUUAAUGAAGAAUGAAAAGAGGACUUAGCUCUCUGUGCACACUGCUUCCUGGUAAACUGUA